AUGCCUCUCUUGCUCACUCCUCAUCUCACUUACUCUCAUUCACUCUCUCUCUCCGUCUCUGCAGUGGCUCAGGAGGAUGAUAAGAUUGUUGGAGGGUAUGAGUGCGAGCGUCACUCCCAGCCCUGGCAGGUGUCUCUGAACUCCGGGUACCACUUCUGCGGUGGCUCCCUGGUCAAUGAGAACUGGGUGGUGUCCGCUGCUCACUGCUACAAAUCCCGUGUGCAGGUGCGCCUGGGCGAGCAUCACAUCAUGGUGAACGAGGGCACCGAGCAGUUCAUCUCCUCCUCCAAAGUCAUCCGCCACCCCAACUACAGCUCCUGGACCCUCAACAACGACAUCAUGCUGAUCAAGCUGAGCUCCCCCGCCACCCUCAACGAGUUUGUGCAGCCCGUGGCCCUGCCCAGCAGCUGUGCCCCCGCCGGCACCAAGUGCAGAGUCUCUGGCUGGGGCAACACCAUGAACCCCGCCGAUGAUGGUGACAAGCUGCAGUGUCUGGAGAUCCCCAUCCUGUCGGAGACCGAUUGUGACAACUCCUACCCUGGCAUGAUCACCCCCGCCAUGUUCUGCGCCGGCUACCUGGAGGGAGGCAAGGACUCCUGCCAGGGUGACUCUGGUGGCCCAGUUGUGUGCAACGGCGAGCUGCAGGGUGUAGUGUCCUGGGGAUACGGCUGUGCCGAGAAGGAUCACCCCGGUGUCUACACCAGGGUCUGCAUGUUCAAUGACUGGCUGACCUCCACCAUGGCCAGCUACUAAACCCCAGCUGAAGAACAGACACUCUGAGCUGUGGGGCGUUUCCUGUCACCAAAAAUAAAACGCCACGUUUUGAGCUGCCCGAGCA